GGGAGCGCGGGGGGCGGAGCUUCCGGCGGCGGGACGGCGGUGUCGGUCAGUGAAGGCGGAGCCAUGGCGGGACGCAGAGCUGCCCUUAAGGCCGUGGACUGGGCGGCCUUCGCUGAGCGGGUGCCUCCGAACCAGCGAGCCAUGUUCAACGCGCUGAAGACCCGCAACGAUGCGCUGACAGCCCGGUUGGCUGCCCUGCCAGAGAAGCCCCCAGCCAUUGACUGGGCUUUCUACAAAGCUAAUGUUGCCAAGGCUGGAAUGGUGGAUGAGUUCCAGAAGAAGUUCAGUGCACUAAAGGUUCCUGAGCCUGUGGAUACACAAACUGCCAAGAUUGAUGCCCAGGAGAAGGAAACUGCCAAGAGCACUGCUGAGUACAUCCAGGCUUCCAAGGCCCGCAUCGCCCAGUACGAGCAGGAGCUCCAGAAGCUCAAGAGCAUGAUUCCCUUUGAACAGAUGACGUAUGAAGACUUGAGUGAAGCCUUCCCUGAAACCAAACUGAACAAGGAGAAAUAUCCAUACUGGCCCCACAAGUCAAUUGCUGAUCUGUAAACUGGUCGGGGAGCAGUUUAAUGACUGUCAGACUUCAUGAUCUUCUAAAUAAAGAGCUUUCUCUGUCUGUGGCUUAGAUCUUAGACGUGAGUUCUGAGUAACGUGGAGCAAUACAGUAAUUCAAAAACAAUCCACUUUUCCUGGAUUUUGUGUUUUCUACUCAUGAGUUUUGGUAGCAGGGGACCAAGCUCCCUGUCCUGCUGGUCAAAGUGAGCCCUGUGAAAUGCAAAUAAACCUCCUGUUCCUGUCUGUAACCACGAGGUGCAGGGAAUGUUCUCCUGUCCUUGCAGGCAGACACUUGCUCAGAAGUUGAACGUGUGUAGUCCUUUGAGAUGCUGGAGUGUAUUUGGUAGUGAUUUGUGUGUGUCUGGAGUGUUUUGUUUAGGAAAAGCCAAUUGUAAAAGGAGUUGAAGGAGUGCUGGUGUGUUGAGAUGCACAUAAAAAAGCUACUUUUUUAGUAAUUUCUAAAAACUCUUUAAUCAUGGUGCUUCUUUUCUCUGCCUUGGAUUCUGCAUGCUGCUGAUCUCACUGGAAGUUACACAAACAAUAGUAAAGACUUGUAUUAUUUAAUAA